UAUUCAAUGCUGCUAUACAUGUACCUUUUUCUACUUCUGCUGGUGGCUGUGGUUGGGUUUUGGUUCUUAUAAGAAUCAACUAUUCGUAUAAUAAUCAAUAAUAAUAAUAAUGUCACAAUCUAAUCGUGUUGGUCAUCCGAUUCGUAAUCGAAAAAAGAAUCGUUUAAUUUUUAAUGAAGAUGAAGAAACAUCAUUUGGUUCAAAUCGUAUGCCAUUAUAUUCAAUAUCAUCAUCGAUGGCCAAUAAUAUGAAAUCAAAUAAUAAACAAUCAAUAUCGAACAAUAAUAAUUCUACAAAUAAAAAUCAACAACAAGAAGAAUCUAUAGUUAUUUAUAAAGGAAAAUUUAGUAAAAAUAUCGGUAAUAAUCUGAUGAAUAGUUUGAAAACAUUGCUGAAAUUACCAAAAGCAUAUAAUUGGGUCAUAUUGGAAUGGUUCUAUGGUAGUAUUGAUCAGGUAUUAUUUUUGGAUGAAAAUGAAUUCAGCCUAUGUUUGAAAGAUUCAUUUCCACAAUUGAAAACAAGAUAUCUAACACGUAUUGAAUGGUCACAGAUUCGACGUUUGAUGGGUAAACCACGUCGUUGUUCAUCUUCGUUUUUCGAUGAAGAACGUACUACAUUACAUACGAAACAUAGUAAAAUACGUUAUCUACAACAGAAUAAAGUGGCCGAUAUUAAUAUUUAUAAAGAUUUACCAGAAUAUCUACCACAACCACUAGUCGUUGGUAAUCGUGUCAAUGCAUUAGCUAGACAACAUGAAGGUCUACAUUUUGGUACAAUUGAAGGCAUUAAUCCAUCGAAUGGUACAUAUCGUGUACGAUUUAAUCGUGAUGAAUUAGGUUCAUUAACCAUACCUGAUUAUGAUAUAUCAUCAUCAGAUAUACCACAAUUAGCGCCAUUAUCAUCAUUUCAGAUUAAAACAAGAAAAACAUGGAAUCUAUCGAAUCGUAUUGUUGAUUCAAUUGCUACGGUUGAACCACAUCUUUUAACAUCAUCAUCAUCAUCAUCAUCAACAACAACAACAACAACAUCCAUACAACAACAACAACAACAACAGCAACAGCAGUCAGAAAUAAUUGCAAAACAACGUUCAAAAAUAUUAGAAGUUGAUCAAUGUAUCGGUGGAUUUCCAAUCAAAUUUUUAACCUAUAUGGUUAAAGCAUCGAAAAUAUUGACAUUAAAAAAACGUAAACUAACCGAAUUACAAGCAAUGAAUACAAAAAUCGAACGUAUGACAACAUUAUCAAUGCCGAUAUCAUAUACAUUUAAAAAACAAUAUGCAUUGACCAUAUUGGAUCUGGAACGUACCAAUAAAGAACUUUGUUUUCAUUUGAAAAAAAUUCAAAGCUACAGUCUACAGAUUGCAUUGGAUGGUAAAUUAAAAAGUCUACGGCCAGAUGUAUUGACACAAAAAUAUCAAAUUGAAUCCAAACAAUUGAUUGAAAAAUUACAAGGAAAAUUUAAAGUUAGCGAAAAAAUGCGAGAUUUAAUCAUCAAUCUAAUGUGUUUAUUGGUACAUUUACGUGGAUUUCGUGAUUGUGAGAUAAGCUCACAUGAAUUUGAAUCAUUAUUGAAAGCAUUGUCAACUAUUCGUGACAUGAUACAUCGCGAUAAUCAUGAUACAUUUCAAAAUAAUGUUGAAAUACAUAUUCGUCAUAUAAUGACCUGUGUAUCACAUUUAGGUAAUGUGGGCGCUUUUGCUGAAUCCACAACAUCAUCAUCAUUAUCAUCAACAACAACGAUGUCGACAUCGAAUUUGUAUAAUAAUGCUAAUAGCAAUAAUAACAAUAAUAAUAAUAUCAACAAUAAUAGUAGCAGCAAUAGCAGCCAAUCCAAUCAACAUCAUCAUCAUCAUCAUCAAAAUGAUAUGAUCAAAACGGAAAUCAAUUGACCACAUUGGAACAAAUCGAAAAAAAUGGACUUAUUAUCACCAUUCAUUCAUUCAUUUCAUUCGUUUUCAAUUUUAUUAUUGUCAUGUGUUAUUAAUAUUAUCGAUAUAAUAUUCAUUGUAAUCUGAUUUGCUAUUAACAAAUUUUAUCCAAUCACUUUUUUUUAAAGAAAAUAAAUAAAAUCCAAUCCAAUAUAUUGA